GAAAAAAACCAACAGGAGGAACACAAAUACAUGCAAGCAACAUCUCCUUCCGUUUCUGAACUCUCUGAAGUAUAUUUGCAUUCUCUUUCCCCCUUCUGUUCUGUCUUCCUCUCACCGUCCGAUCGCAUUCAACCGUGCUCCUCUCUCUCUCUGCAACUAAGCUUGUCUCUUCCUUGAUCUUUUCUCUGAGUAAUACACGGAUUAGCAGCGGAACCGGACGCCUAAGAACUAAGAAGAGGAGAGGAAUAGGCGGAGCGGAGUGCAAUGACUCGGCGGUGUUCUCAUUGCAGCAACAACGGGCACAACUCCAGGACGUGUCCGAUGAGAGGGGGGUUGAAGCUCUUCGGUGUUCGACUGACGGAUGGCUCUAUAAAGAAGAGUGCUAGUAUGGGCAAUCUCUCCUCUGCUCACUACUACUCGUCCUCCUCUGCUGCGGCUUCCGCCAACUCCAGUUCUCCUCCUUCUGAUCCUCUUCGAGAUCCGACGCCCGUCGCAGAUGGUUAUGUCUCUGACGAUCCUGUUCACGCUUCUUGUUCUUCCAAUUGCCGCAGCGAGAGGAAGAAAGGGGUCCCAUGGACUGAAGAGGAGCAUCGGUUGUUCUUAAUGGGCCUGCAGAAGUUGGGGAAAGGGGAUUGGCGUGGGAUAGCACGUAAUUUUGUCAUGUCAAGGACUCCUACCCAGGUAGCCAGCCAUGCACAGAAAUACUUCAUCCGACAGAGUAACUCAACCAGAAGGAAGAGGCGCUCAAGUCUAUUUGACAUGGUCCCGGAUAUGUCCAUUGAUCCAACAACUGUGACAGAAGAGCAGUCGUUGCUUCAUUCUUCUCAGGCUGGAGAGUCAGAGAAUGUUAACUUGCUGCCUCCCUUGCAUCUCUCACUUGACCAGGAAUGUGAACCUAUGGAAACCACUUCUGACGAGACUGUCAAAGCUGAUGAGGGUGUAACAAGCAGCAAUAUUUUGCCAAUGAUUCCAACACUCUUCCCAGCAUAUCUACCGGCUGCAUUCCCGUUCUGGCCACCAAGUCUGGCUCCAGCUGUUGGAGAAAAUGUUGGGGAGAUUUCUCAUCAUCAGGUCCUAAAGCCAACCCCAAUCCAUUCCAAGGAUCCUGUCAAUGUAGAUGAACUGGUGGGCUUGUCUACACUUAGCCUAGGGGAUGUUGCUACUGGCCGUAUGGAACCUUCAGCACUUACACUGCAAUUAAUCGGAGCUCCAUCAAAGCAAUCAGCCUUCCAUGCAAACCCACCCAUCAGUCGGUCAGAUUUGAGCAAUAGCGGCAGUAGUGCAAUCCAUGCAGUUUAGAUCAAAGAGAAUGGAGGUUCUAUGUAACUUGUUCUAUUUUUUUGUCCGCUUUUCUUUUUCGGUUUUCCUUAUAUAAAAUUAUAAAUUUCCCUAGCA